GCAAGGCGGCCACUCCCAGAAGUCUCCGGGGCUCGGGCGGUGGGUGGGAGGCGCGGUCCCAGUGGUCGCUGCCGUAUUUCUCGUAGGUUUUUAGGAUUCUGGACUCCAUUUCUCACCGGUACCUGCGGUCCUGACUGUUCUGGCUUGGACUACAUAUUCCACAGGCAACGGAGAAAACUUGGACCCCUGGCUCCGGUUCCGGGACCUUUUGGUUCCACCUGAAGAAGGCGGCGCAGGUCACUGCGGGAGCCUCUGCAGCCCCAGCCCGCCGCCCGCGUGGUACCCUGCGUGGCGGUGAGAGUGGGGCUGCAGGAGGCGCUCAGAGCGCGGAGGCCCCCAGGCGGGCCGGGCGAGUCUCCCGCCUCCUCAGGCCCUAGGGUGCUGGAGCUGCGGAGGAGGGGCCCGUCUCUAGGAGACAGGCGGGGACCGUGAGAGACCGCGCAGCGGCGACAGGACCGGCUUGCCUGUGUGACGUGGGUGCAGUUGCGGGACUGUGAGGGGUCUUGGUUCUUUUGACUUUGCUCUUCUGGUAGAGAAACGCUGAGGACUGAUCAACUCUUCCAGUCUCAAACCAUGGCCUAUGGAUCAAUAACAUUCGGGGAUGUGGCCAUAGACUUCUCUCAUCAGGAGUGGGAAUAUCUCAACCUGGUUCAGAAGACCUUGUACCAGGAGGUGAUGAUGGAGAACUACGACAACUUAGUCUCCUUGGCAGGACAUUCUGUAUCUAAGCCAGAUUUAAUCACCUUAUUGGAGCAAGGAAAAGAGCCAUGGACGAUUGUGAGGGAAGAAACAAGAGGAGAGUGUACAGAUUUGGAUUCAAGAUGUGAAAUAAUCAGCGAUGGGAAAAUGCAGCUUUAUAGGAAACACUCAUCUGUUACUCUCCAUCAGAGAAUUCAUAAUGGACAGAAACCAUAUGAGUGUAAGGAAUGUCAGAAGUCCUUUAGUCAUCUUACAGAACUCAUGGUACAUCAAACAAUUCAUACCAGUGAGGAACCUGAUCAAUGUGAAAAGUUUAGGAAGGCAUUUAGCCAUCUUACAGACCUUAGAAAGCAUCAGAAAAUUAAUGCUCGUGAGAAACCUUAUGAAUGUGAAGAAUGUGGGAAGGUCUUCAGUUAUCCUGCAAACCUUGCUCAACAUGGGAAAGUUCAUGUUGAGAAACCCUAUGCAUGUAAAGAGUGUGGGGAAGCUUUUAGGACUAGCCGUCAACUUACUGUACAUCAUAGAUUUCAUUAUGGUGAGAAACCCUACGAAUGUAAGGAAUGUGGCAAGGCCUUUAGUGUGUAUGGACGGCUUAGUCGACAUCAGAGUAUUCACACUGGUGAGAAGCCCUUUGAAUGUAACAAAUGUGGGAAGUCCUUUAGGCUCAAAGCAGGCCUUAAAGUACAUCAGAGUAUUCAUACUGGAGAGAAGCCACAUGAAUGUAAGGAAUGUGGAAAGGCCUUUCGUCAGUUUUCCCACCUUGUGGGUCAUAAAAGAAUUCAUACUGGAGAAAAACCCUAUGAAUGCAAGGAAUGCGGGAAGGGCUUUACAUGUAGGUAUCAACUUACCAUGCAUCAGAGAAUUUAUUCAGGGGAGAAACACUAUGAAUGUAAAGAAAAUGGGGAGGCUUUUAGUAGUGGCCAUCAACUUACUGCACCUCAUACAUUUGAAAGUGUUGAGAAACCUUAUAAGUGUGAGGAAUGUGGGAAAGCCUUUAGUGUGCAUGGACGACUUACUCGACAUCAGGGUAUUCAUAGUGGUAAGAAACCCUAUGAAUGUAACAAAUGUGGGAAGUCCUUUAGGCUCAAUUCAUCCCUUAAAAUACAUCAAAAUAUUCAUACCGGUGAGAAACCCUACAAAUGUAAGGAAUGUGGGAAGGCCUUCAGUCAGCGUGCACACCUUGCCCAUCAUAACAGAAUUCAUACUGGUUACAAACCCUUUGAAUGUAAAGAAUGUGGGAAGUCCUUUCGUUGUGCCUCAUAUCUUGUUAUACAUGAGAGAAUUCAUACGGGAGAGAAACCCUAUGUAUGUCAAGAGUGUGGGAAGGGUUUUAGUUAUAGCCAUAAACUCACUAUACAUCGCAGAGUUCAUACUGGUGAGAAACCUUAUGAAUGUAAGGAAUGUGGGAAGGCCUUUAGUGUAUCUGGACAACUUACUCAGCAUCUGAGUAUUCACAGUGGUAAGAAACCCUUUGAAUGCAACAAAUGCGGGAAGUCUUUUAGGUUCAUUUCUGUACUUAAAGCCCAUCAGAAUAUUCACAGCGCUGAGAAACCCUACGAAUGUAAGGAAUGUGGCAAGGCCUUUCGUCAUGCCACAAGCCUCAUAUAUCAUGACCGAACUCAUGCUGGUGAAAAGUCCUAUGAAUGUAAAGAAUGUGGGGAAACUUUUAGUCAUGCUUCACAUCUUAUUAUUCAUGAGAGAAUUCAUACCAGUGAUAAACCCUAUGAAUGUAAAAGAUGUGGGAAGGCAUUUCACUGUGCCUCAUAUCUUGUUAGACAUGAAAGCGUUCAUGCUGAUGGAAAUCCCUAUAUGUGUGAAGAGUGUGGGAAAGCUUUUAAUAGUAGCCAUGAACUUAGUAUACAUCAUAGAGUUCAUACUGGUGAGAAACCCUUUAAAUGUAACAAAUGCAGAAGGUCCUUUAGGCUUAGAUCCAUCCUUGAAGUACAUCAGAGAAUUCAUAUUUGAUAGAGAAAUUGUGGCAUAUACAGGUAGUAAAGAAAGCACAUUGUGUCGGGCCGGGCGCGGUGGCUCACGCCUGUAAUCCCAGCACUUUGGGAGGCCGAGGUGGGCGGAUCACGAGGUCAGGAGAUCGAGACCACGGUGAAACCCCAUCUCUACCAAAAAUACAAAAAAUUAGCCGGGCGCAGUGGCGGGCGCCUGUAGUCCCAGCUACUCGGGAAGGCUGAGGCAGGAGAAUGGCGUGAACCCGGGAGGCGGAGCUUGCAGUGAGCCGAGAUUGCACCACUGCACUCCAGCCUGGGCGACAGAGCGAGACUCCGUCUCAAAAAAAAAAAAAAAAAAAGCACAUUGUG